AUGUGUUUACACACUUUAUAUCUGACUGAAGAAGAAUUUUCAACUACAGCUGUUGCUCGAAGGAAAAAGAUCAAACAACUCCCUGCGCAGAAAGCUUCUGAAGUUUCGCAGAGCAACAAGCCCAGUGAGAGUGACUCUAUCACUGCUGACAAGAAACCCACGGAUGAUGUUGGCACAGCCACUUCUGACCUCAAAUCCUUCACUCUUAAUAUUGAUCUUGAUAACCUCCAAGGUAAAUCUCAUGUGCUUUCACCAGUGGUCGAAGACGCUCAGCCUCUUGCGACUAUCAUUCCUAGUACAGCAGUUGAAGGGAGCCAUUCAACUGAUGAUUCUCCACCUAACCACAAGAGCAAAAAAGCAGACCAACAAUGUUCAGGUAGCAACAAUGCAGCUGGUCAUCCAACUGGUAGUGAGGACACUUUAUCUAAACAAGAUGUCAUGGAAGAAACCUCCAAGUUAGCCACAGUAGUUCCCCACGAGACCACACCUUUUGGGACCAUAGUUUCUCCUGAAACUACUUCGACUCCUGCCCCAGCAAAGCCUACUCAUUCAGAAUUGGAGCAGCUUAAACAAACUGAUCCUCUCAGCUUCCUCAAGGCUAUGAUGGAUAUUGAUAAUAUUUCGCCUUCUGAGCUCGAAACUUCUCCAGCUGUACAGCCAGAAUCUGGUAAUAAAGAGGAUACUUCCGUCCUUCUUCAUCAGAUAAAGGAAAAGUUCUUCAAAACCAACCUCGUCGAAAUUCUUAGCAAGGAUCCUAUCAAAAGUCGUAGCUUGAAUCAACUUCUGAAAAAGGUGGAUCUUCUUCUGGUUUCAAAUGAAGUCUCAGAGGUGAUUGUUUUGCUGGGUUCUCUGAUUGAACAACUCCAAUCAAACAUUCUUCGACGUUGCCAUAUUGAGGAACAACUUACUACGAACAUGGCUUCUCAUAGUUCAUCUUGGAAAGCCGCUACUGAUGCGUCGAAGAAAGGUGAUGCUCUCAAGCUUAAACGCUCAGAGAAACAGAAAGAGUAUGAUGAAUGUGAGCAGAAUAUCCAAUCCUGGAAACAAGAGAUUGUCCAGCUUGAGGAAAAGAUAAAGGAGGCUGAAUCUCGCAAGGCAACCAUUCAACAAAUCAAUGAGCAGGAAUUGACUGAAGUUGCACGUUUAGGAAUCCAACAUUUCGAGGCUGCACGAAAACUAGUUCCUGAAAUUGACGAACUGAAGAAACAAAAGGCCUUGAUUGAACUUCGCAUGUCUUCCUGGGAGAUUCAGUAUUCGAAGAUAAAAGACACUCUUCCUAGAGAUUUUAAUUAG